AUGCCACUGGUCGAUUCCGUGACGAUGUCAGCGCCAUCAUCAUCAAAGGCUGCCUCCGACGCGGGCAAGCCGAGAGACGGCGGACUGCAUCCUGUCCACGCCCUGGCGAGCCCUGCUGCGCAGGUUGUCCGACACGUCCAGCCGGUGCUCAUCUCUGGCCUCUUCCUCGCGCAGUUCAGCUCCUUGGUCAUCGACCCCGUGCGAACCCUUCAGAACUCGCUCCCGAUCGUCGCCGCGAUCCAGGUCGUCUAUGCCUUUGCCAGUCUGCCGGCGGCUGGAUCGCAAAGCGCGAAGCCAUUGAGGAAGCCUCGGCCGGGCGAGAAGAAGAAGGUUGAGAGCACGGGGCCCAACCCCUUCAUUGCUAUAUUCCUUUCCCUACUCCUCGCUGUCCUCGUCACGCCAGCCAUCCACAUCGUCCUCGUCCUCUUCGGCGCCCCCUUUUUGACGCACGUACCGCAUACCCUGCUCUGCUCCGCCAACGUCGCCAUUCUUGCACUCUUCCCGCUCUUCUACGUCCACGGAGUCGAAGCGAGCACCUGGGCAGCUCUCGCCAGCGCGGCGGCACCGUUAGACGAGGCAUACGGCGGUCUUGUGGGAGGGCUGUUGGGCGCGUGGCUCGGCGCGGUGCCAAUUCCGCUGGACUGGGAUCGCGAGUGGCAGAAGUGGCCCGUCACGAUUGUCUGCGGCCUCUACGCCGGGUACAUCUUGGGCAAGACGAUUGGCGGCACGCUGGCGUUUGGCAGGAAAAUGGCUAGCUCCGCGAACGACGACGAAUAA